CUCCGCCCCACCCGCCUCGCCUUCGCGAGUGCUAUUGGUCCGGCUCAGCACGUGACACACCGCUCCCCGCCCCCGCCUUAACGCGGGAAAGGUUGGAAGAACGACUGAGCAAGUUGGUUCGCCCUGGGAACGUGGUGCUCCCCAAGCUUAGCGUCGCUUCCCAGGAGUGUUCUCCCGCAGUCCGCCUAGUGUCCUUAGGCCAGUGGGAAGCCCUGGGCCUGCGCGGUGUCUCGGGGAGCCCGAGGGCGGGCGGCGCCGAGCGCCAGCCUCUCAGACUGUCCCAAAGUUUGCUGCGCGCCGCCGCGUACCGGUACAGCCGCAGUUCUAGAGCUGGAAUCACCGUGCCUCUUCUUUUAACGACUGCAGGCCUAGGAAGCGGAACGCACCGAAAGGGGCGGGGUGUCAAAUUCUGUGCAGGCAAUACUGCUCUUAGGCAGUAUGCCAGACAUAGCCAGCACUGGGAGAAAUCGUCCUCUAACUGUUCUGUGUACUUGGAUAGAAUGCCUUCAGAAAUCUUGCUGAAGAUAUUUUCCUACUUGGAUGCUGUGAGCCUGCUGUGUAUUGGCUGUGUGAACAGGCGAUUUUAUCAUUUGGCCAAUGACAAUUUUAUUUGGGUCAGAAUCUACUCAAUGGCAUUUUCACCUAAAAGAUCUAAUUGGAAAGUUAAUUCAGUGGAGGAGACAGCUGUGUCUGUGAGCUUACUGUCAGUUGAGGAUAAAGAAGCUGGAUAUUGGAAGAAAACUUAUAUUACAGAACAAAUAACAUCUGUGAAAGCAGCACUAGCUCAGAUUCUCAAACCUGUCAACGCUUACACAGGCCUUCCUGUGAAAAUCAAAGAGGCCCUCAGAAUAUCUGGCUUAGGCUGGGCAAUUAUAUUGAAAGAAAAGAAUGGAAGAGAAUAUAUCAUGUCACAUGUUGAUCUUUCUUUGAAUGAUACAUCUAUUACUGUUGUGUGGUAUGACAAAAAUUGGCCAUGUUUAGCUACAUUGUCAACCUUGAAUUUGUAUGGUAUGACACCACUUUUUAUGGACCGGUAUAAAGACUCUGCCAAAAAUGGACCUCGAUGGCAUUCUUUAAUUGCAAAGUAUGAUUUGAGUCAUUUGACUGAAUCCACCAUGAUUGGCUGUGACAGACUUGUUCGGAUCUUCAGCCUAAACCCUGGUCUCGUGGUAGGGGUGUGGAAGAAGGAGGAAGAACUGGCUUUUGUCAUGGCAAAUCUUCAUUUCCAUCACCUUGUGGAGAGGAGCACAUUAGGCUCUGCUGCUGUCCCCUAUGAGCUGCCUCCUCAUGUUCCCUUCCUGGAUGACAAUCCAGAGUAUGGACUGCACGGCUACCAGCUCCACGUUGACAUGCAUGGUGGUGGAGUUUUCUUCCUGUGUGGUACAUUUCGCAAUCUCUUCACCAUGAAAGGAUGCAUUGAAGAUGGAUAUGUGAAGCUGACUGUGAUAAAUUUUAAAAAUAGCAGAGAACAUCUUCCUCUUAUUGGAAAAGUUGGCCUUACUUGGAGAACUAAUAUUUUUGAUGCCUUUGUAGAGAGUUGUGCUGUCAUGGAUGUGACUCUUCUGGAUGAGCACAGGAAGCCCUUUUGGUGCUUGAGCUCUGCAGUCCACAUGAGGCCUGCUGCCUGCCCCUCAGAUGGACCUCAUUUCUUAGGACAGACAUACUAUGUCGACUACACAGAUGCAGAAGGAAGAGUGCAUGCAGAACUGGUGUGGAUUGAAGAGACAGAAGAAUAUUUCAUUGUCAACCUGGUCCUUUACCUCAGUGUAGCAAAAAUAAACCACUGGUUUGGAACAAGAUACUAAACAGUAGGUGGCAAAGUGUUGUUGCUGGUUAGAUGUUUGUUUUUGACUAACAGCUUUGUUCUUGGUAUUGAAAGUUAAAUAAAGCAUAUCUAUAGUA